AUGCCCACCUCCGGCUCCACACACUCUCCCUUCAUCACGCCCUUCCUCACCCCUUUCCUCACCCCUUUCCUCACCCCUGCUCUGUUCUGGUUCUGGCGGGGUAUGGACCACAUCACCCCUGUCCUCUGCUCCCUUCACCAGGCGGCUCAUCCACCACAGCAGAGGCGGCGACAGAACGGUCAGCUGCGGCGCUCUCAGACUCAAUCUUCCGCAGAUGUGAGUAAAGCCCUGUCGCUGGAGCCACUGGCGCAGUCUUCGACGCAUGACCACCCCACGCUGAUUCCCCGGGGGUAUGGUGGCUUCAUCGUGCGGGGCUCCUCGGAGCUCAGCUGCCUCCGCUCUGUCCCAGGCACUGGAUACGAACACUCUAGCCGCCCGUAUCGUGUUCGCGUCUUCCAGCGUCGGUCUGACCCCGCGACAGACCAGUGCCUGUCAUUGGUGAAGGUCGUGUGGGAUCGGGACACUAUCGAUUGUAUCCUGGCCUUAAUCUCAAUCUGGCUGGACCUGCCGCCUCCCCCUGCGCAGCGGGACGGAGGCAGAGGUAUUUGGGGUCCGCAGGGGAGGGUUGGGGGUUGGACUCCAGGGGCCCAUGGAAGCAGAGAGGAGAGAGGGCCGUGUGUUUUGUGCUGA